ACGCAACCAAAUCGAGUCUGCACACACAAGAAAGGAGUGUUGAAGCCGUGCGAAAGACAUGAGGUACAGUCAGCAAAUUGUUUUUAUUCAUUACAUCUUAACGAUUCCUAGUGCAUUUAACCGGUUUCAGUGUAAUAAUAUCGUCAAAGAAUGCUUACCGUGAGCUCUGAUUAUUGCGAAGAAGAGGAGCAAGUAAACAAGGCUUGUAGUUACAGAUGGUGACCUAUGAAUAGUAAAACGGAUACUAAUUUCAAUUUGACCUUUAACUGCGCAUAACUAACACGCCUCCGAGAUUUGUGCUAAUUGCAAUGCUUGUUUCACAGCGCCAUCUUCCGAUAGUACUAUCAGGAGAUAAUCACGUUAGAACACUAAUGUACAGAAAAUUAAAAGAUCUAGAUCUAUAAAUUAAAUUAAAAAUCCCACUUUUGUUAAUAGUUCUAAUGUCUCAUUAACACAUAAAUAGAUCAUGCCUAUUUCCCGGAGGACAUCACGGAUUUCCACUUGCUACGAUCCUGACAUAUAUAGCUCUAUCGCUUCCUUCACUUUCAUAAUAUUCGUCAUACACGUUCGCUUGUUUAGGGUGCUCUUGACCUGGCCUUUCUUUGGAUUGGUCUCGUUAACAGUUACAAAUUAACACUUUUCAAUGCCAUUUUUCUUCAUCUUAGCGCUUUUCCGGUUACAUUCUAAAAGAACCCCCAUGGGCUUGCCAAUCUAAAGCCAAGUUAUAUAGAAUAUUGGCACAGAAUCAUGUAGUUUUCACGAGAAUGACUGCCAUCUGACCUUUUAAACCAGAGAGCAAAUGAGAGCUUGACAUAAUUUAUGUACAGGUCCGCAUUAUCUAUGAUUGUUUGGUUGAUUAACGGGGGCAGAGGUAUGUAAAGUGAGAUAGUUUACCGCUUCACACGUACCGUCACCUCGGCUGGGGGCGGGGCCCGUCGACCAUCCUUCGCAGGAAAUAUGCGUGUGUACAAGUCACGAGAGGUAUAUACACUGGACCAGCGGACUGUUAUGCCAUAUACCGCUGCUCGCCACGUUCAUGCUGCUUUACUCCAAGCUUAAAGCCUGCCUGACUUGACCGUAAGGAAUGGGCACAUCAUUAAGACAGGUAGAUUAUGGCGCCUUCACACAAAUAAAGAAGAAAUACUGCAUACGAACUUACAAGUCAAGAAGGACUUUAGGUAUAGUGUUCACAGCUAGGAGGCGUUAUGCAUGUCAACACUGUCUAUGACGGUGGCGAGGGGCAUUCUUAUUGCUUGGGACAUCGAUGUACAUGGAACAAGAUCAACAUUCAAUUCUGCUUCCGUUGUUUCGGGGUUCUUGUAGUAAGCUUACAAAUGUACGAGUACGCUCCAGACACUUCACAUCUCAUGACUUGCACCGCACUCGUCUAAGCAUAUCGACAAUACCGAGCAAGGUGAAGCAACUUGCCAAAAGGGCAAAUCCAGCCGAUAUAAAAUGUCGAACAUCCCCAGAGAUUGUAUUCCGAGUCGGAACACAAUAGCAUCACGUACCCCGCAACAUGAAACUGGUACUCAUAUUAGCUGCCGUGGCGUCUGCAUCAGCGGCGCGUCUCGACCACCUAACGGGCGGCGCCAGUAUCGGCGAAGCCACGCGCUUCGAGAACGUCAACGAUGGCGCCGGCAACUAUCACUUCAGCUACGAGACCCCAAAUGGCAUAAGCGCGCGCGAAAGCGGGGCGCCGCGCGCGGCGGGGCCUGAGGGCCCGGCGGUGACGGCGGAGGGCGCCUUCUCGUUCCGCACUCCCGAUGGCCAGCAGGUGUCGCUGUCGUACACGGCUGAUGAGAACGGCUUCCACCCUGUCGGCUCUCAUCUGCCCACCCCACCGCCUAUUCCGGAGGCGAUUCUUAAAGCGCUGGAGUUCAACAGGCAGAAUCCUUCUUCAGAUGACGGUUCUUACAACGGGGGUCGGAACGCGUUUCGUUUUUAAACCCUAACACUGGAUCAUAAAGCUAUUAAUGCGUGCAGCGUGUGACCUCAUUAUAUGCAUGGACUGUGAUAACGAAAUAUUUAUAUUAUAGUUUUGUAAGUAACUUAACGCAAUUUGAACAAAUAAAGAGCAGUUUUACGUAA